AAGUCAGCUGGGAGGAAUUCCUCUGGGCAUAUUACGGUUUUUCACUAAGGGGGUGGAUCGAAGCGAUUGCAUCGAAGAAUUGAUUUGAAACGAAGCACUUCGUCUAUGGGCAUUGUAGAAAGGAUCAAAUAUGACCCAAAUCGUUCUUCUCGGAUCGCCCUAGUACGAUGGAUCGAGGGGGUGCUGCUACGUUGCCAGAGGAGAUGCAACGCGAUAGAAGAGUUCGCUCUGCCGAUUCAAAUCCUCGAACAUACCACGGCCACCAUCAACAGCCUAUUUUCGUUCUCUUCCCUGCCUAGGAAAGUGGAUCAAAGAAAGGUAGCUUGCUUCUCUCCUGGACUGAUGGCAGCUUAUGUAGUGGUUGGCCUUCCUACCAGAGUGCCUCUACUCCUAAAAGCGAGCACAAAAAAGAGCCAGGCCUGCGCAGGAAGCAAAAAAAGUUGUGUGAAGGACAUUUUCUUCUCUGCCCUCUCCUCUCCAAAGGCCAAGGGAGAGACUGCAUCUUACCUUUCCUUUGGUAGCUCUUUUUGUUUCCCAAGGAUAGCGGUAGCUGGGGCAAAGCCCACUUUCUUCGCUCCACGAAUGAGAGAGAAAGUCAAAGGAAAAAAGACAUUCUCUCUUUGCGAGGUCCAAAAGUGGAGAAUGCAUAGCAUUCUCUGGGCGCAUUGGAUCAAACAUAAAGCUGCGCUUUCUUGGCAAAGUUCUCGGCAGCAAGAAACUUUAGGGCUUGUUGGAGCUGUUGAGCAUAACGAAUCAAAGCCGAAGGUGGAUCAAGGUAGCUUGCCUGCCAAGCAGAUAGGCGAAGGGCUGAAGGAUGGAGCCUGGAAAGUUUUUCAUGCACCUGUCGUGUGA